AUGUACAACCACGCUGCAGCAGGCGGGCCCAACAACUGGCCCCCUCCUGGCGGCCCGUCGGCACACUCACCCCGCGGGCUGCCGGGCGGCGGCACCGCGUCCGCCGAGCUCAACCAACGUAUCGCACUAGCUCACGGAACCCACCCCUACCACCACCCCGUGCAUGCACCUGGCAGUGCGCCGGCCGCGCCGCCAUCCACGCCCGCGGCGCGCUUCCGUGCAAAGAAGAAACAGCACGUCGAGACGGUCGAGCGCAGCAUCCGUGACCUCGAGCAACAGCACCGCGAGCUAGAAAUCGAAGUAAACGACCUGCGCAAGGAGAACGGCCUGCUCAAGGAAAUGGUGCAGCUCAAGUACGGCGCCAGGCAGCCAUAG